AUGAGGUUCAAUAUCUGGUUUAUAUUCUGCUUCCUAUCAGCAGUAUUGUGUGAAAGAGUUAUCAAAACAAGUUCUCUUUUAACAUGUAUGAAAAGUUCACAAUUAACAGCCUCAUACUUUGAUGUUAGAUUUUAUCCAUCAAAUAAAACAGUGGAGUUUGAUAUCAAAGCUGUUACAACCAUUAGUGGUGAUAUUGUUGCACAUGCUACUUUGAUCACUUAUGGUAUUAAUGUCUUGGAAAAGGAUAUUGAUUUCUGUCGUGAUUUGAAUCUAAAAGAAUUAUGCCCACUGAGUGCAGGUAGAAUCGAUGUUGAUUCAAAUUAUCAAUUAGGUGAUAGUAUCAUCAAGAUGAUUCCAAAUAUUGCUUACACGAUUCCGGAUUUGGAUGCUCGUGUUAAAGUUGUUGCUUAUGCGAAAAAUGAUACAAAUACACCUUUAGCUUGUGUUGAAGCUGUUUUAACCAAUGGUAAAACUGUUCAAACCAAGUAUGCUUCAUGGCCAAUUGCAGCCAUUUCAGGUCUUGGUUUAAUCACAUCUGGUAUUGUUUCAAUUAUUGGUCAUUCCAAUACUGCUGCUCAUAUUGCUUCAAAUUCUAUUUCUUUAUUCGUUUAUUUCCAAAAUUUGGCAAUUACUUCAAUGAUGGCUGUUAGCAGAGUCCCACCUAUUGCUGCUGCUUGGGCUCAAAAUUUCCAAUGGUCUAUGGGUAUUAUUAACACAUCGUUCAUGCAAAAGGCAAUCAAAUGGUAUGUUCAAGCAACUGGUGGUCACUCUACUAUCGUUGUCGAAAAUUCAAAUAUUCUUUCAAUCUCUGUGCAAAAAAGAGAUUUCAUUGAAAGUUUAUUGAAAAGAGCUGCUCCAAUUGCUGCUGAUACAGGAAUAACUUUAUUGAAAAGAGCCGGUGAUUCAAUUGAUGAAUUAGAUGAUAGUUCUCUAUACACAACAGAUGAACACAACACAAAUGAUAUCACGUCCAAGAUUUUGAUUUUAAGAGGUAUUCAAAGAGUUGCAUAUUUAGCUGGUAUCGAAAUCUCAAAUUUCUUCUUAACUGGUAUUGUCUUCUUUUUAUUCUUCGUCUUUGUUUUGUUGAUUUGUUUAAUCUUUUUCAAAGCAUUAGUGGAACUAUUGAUUAGAUCAAAUAUCAUGAAACAACAUAAAUUCAAUGAAUUUAGACAACAGUGGGCCACAAUUAUCAAAGGUACGUUAUUUAGACUGGCCUUGAUUGCGUUACCUCAAGUGUCUUUGUUAACUUUGUGGGAAUUUACUGAACGUGAUUCUCCUGCAACCAUUGUUGUUGCAGUGUUUUUAUUAUUGAUUGUCUUUGGGUUAUUAUUAUAUGGUGCAACAAGAGUUAUCUUGAUUGGUAGAGAAAGUUCAAGAUUAUAUAAAACACCAGCUUAUCUAUUAUAUGGUAACAUGAAAAUCUUGAACAGAUUUGGAUUCUUAUAUGUUCAAUUCCAAGCUGAUUACUAUUGGUGGUUAGUUCCAUUAUUAGGUUAUACUAUUUUACGUUCAAUCUUCGUUGCUUUGAUUCAAGCUUAUGGUAAAGCUCAAGCUUUAUGUGUUUUCAUUAUUGAAUUAGUUUAUUUUGUUGCUUUAUGUUGGAAAAGACCAUAUAUGGAUAAGAGAACAAAUGUUUUCAACAUUUUAAUUCAUCUUGUCAAUUUUUUCAAUUCUAUUAUGUUUUUGUUUUUUUCGAACUUGUUCAAACAACCUCAAGUUGUUUCAUCAGUUUGUGCUGUUGUUUUGUUUGUUGUUAAUGCUGUUUUCGCCUUGUUUUUGUUAAUUUUCACAAUCGUUACAUGUACUUUAUCAUUGCUUUACAAGAACCCAGAUACAAGAUAUCAACCAAUGAAAGAUGAUAGAGUGUCAUUCAUUCCAAGAACUGAAGCUGUUGAAAAAACAAACAAAAAAGAUACAGAAUUAUUAGCUUUAGGUGAAACUGUGUUGAAAGGUCAACAACCUCAACAAUUAAAUCAGAUGCAAGAUUCAGAAUCAGAUUCAGAAAGUUCAAAUAAAUUCCCACAAUCAAGAAUCCCAUUCAACGGUAAUGAAAGAUCUCGUUCAGAUUCAUUGAACAGUAGCUCACAAGUUGAACCAUCAAGUGCAGUCUUGGGUACAACUAACAAUCUAACCAGACCGGGAAUAUCGUUUGCUGAUACCACAUAUAGAGGUAAUUCAAGAUUUAAUCUCAAUGAUUCAAAUGAAUUCGUGAACAAUCCAUAUGAAAAUCCAUAUGCAAGGGCAAGACAAAACAACAAUGGCAGUAACAAUCGUUUUUGA